AAGAAUAAAAAUGAAUUUACUUUGAUUUAAUCAUAGUUCUAUAUUAUUUUUUUUUUUUCACACAGCUUACCUAAUGUCGAUGCAAAAGUUUGUGGCGCACUCCAUAUCUGGAGAUGAAAACGAUGAGGAUUCUGGUUGGUCAUUUGAUGAACAACUUAACACAAGUUUAGCUGAUGGUUGUGAAGCCGAUAGUGAUUAUAUUCCACAGGUUAUGCAAAUCAAGUUGUUGCCAGAAGAAUAUAUCUUAUCUCGUUGGACACAAGAGGUAGGAUCACCAAUUUCAUUUCAAACAGUCGCUUCUCCUAUCAUCCAAGCACGAGGAUAUAUAGAGCGUAGCCGAGGGUUAUCUGAGAAGUGGAAAUGGUUGAUCGAAAAGGCUGCUUUGACCGAAAAAUCUACUAUAAUCUUACACAAAAUGUUUGAAGAAGCGGAAUCAAGAAUACAAGAGAAUGAAGUUGUGACCCCCAAUGAUACACAAGAGUCAUGCUCGGGAAAAGAGCACAAAGGUGAGGGUUUUGUAAGUGAUCCAACUACUAAUCGUGUAGCUCGUGGCCGCAAACGACUAUUAAGUAUGCGAGAUAAGGCAAUUAAAAGUGGAGGCAAGCAUUGUCGCAAUUGUGGCAAAGUUGGUCAUAACGCACGUACAUGUCCUGAAAUUAAAGGCAAAGACAGACCAGGCUAUGGAGUUAAUGUGCCCUGCUCCAGGAUCGAAUGGCGGUGGUCGAGUGCCGAUUGGAUGGCCGCAGGACUCCAAGCCUUGAGCAGCUCCGUCAGUCCGCUGACAUGGGGGCACGACAUCCAUGUCCCUGUUUGUAUGUUGAAAUCAGCCCUGCGUGUGUCGAUGCUCGUGGGGCACGACAUGGAUGGCCGCUGA